GGGUUUUCGUAUGGUUUCAACAUGGAGGAGAGUAUUCUCUCCUCCAUGGUUUCAGUGUAGUUCUCAGGUUUGUCUUUGAAUUUAUGACGUCAAAAGGGAGAAGUUCUAUCGAUUCAGCUGCUCAUCACGCUGACCUUGCUCUACUUCGAAACUCAUUUUAGAAAUUGAGUGAUGUGUGCGAUGUGUGGUUGUGCGUGGGCGGGGUGGGUCGCGGUGUUUGAGUGAGUUUUUAAUGAAUUUGUGAUCUAGGGAACUUAAAGUAGAGCUCAUGAGUUGUAUAUGAGCUGUCAAGUUUCGGUUGAAGAAGAAAAACGGUGAAAAUCCACAGGCAUGCCGCAACCGCAAGCCGUAAGCCAGAAUGGCGCUAGCCACCCCAUCAGACAAGGCUAUUUUCAAAUUAAUUCUGUACGACAUAAAGUUUCAAUCGGCGAAAACUAUGUGGCAUGGGAACCAGAAGGAGCGCCUGAUCUGCGGCACUCUGUGCGGCUGUGUGAUGUGGUGGCAGUGAGCCGGCCUGCUGGUGGUGGCCCACGUGGCUCAUCAGUGUACCAGGUGCCUGUGGCCCCUCCGGACUGCUCCCUGCCUGCUCCAAACACCUGCGGAAAGGCCUUCGCUGUCCACUACGCUGAGCGAGUUGGUCGCCGCUGGAAGCUGCGUGUUCAACACUUCCACCAGAAAAAUGUUGCUCUGCUGCAGCCUUGGGUGGAUCAGCUGCAGAGCCUGUUGAAUGGUGAACAGAGACCCCGCCGGCUGCUGGUCAUCAUUAACCCCACCUGCGGCAGCCGAAAGGCGCCCAACAUUUACACGAAGAAGGUCCAGCCCAUUUUCACGCUGGCUGGUGUGCAGACGGAGGUGAUCCAGACCACGCACGCCGGCCACGCGCUGGCGGUGCUGCGCCGGUGCUCGCUGCACGGCCAGGACGGCGUGGUAGUGGUAGGCGGGGACGGCACACUGAUGGAGGCGCUCAACGGCCUGCUGACGCGCCCCUCGCCCGACGGGGCGGACCGACCGCCCUGCGCGCCACUGCCCAUCGGCGUCAUACCCGCGGGUAGUACGGAUGCCGUCUGUGGCAGCGUGGGGACAGCCGAUCCGGUUACAGCCGCCCUGCUCAUCGUCAUGGGUGUGACCCGCUGGGUGGACGUGUGCAGUCUGCGCACCGCCGGUCAGCUGCUGCGAUACUCACUCUCUAUGAUCACGUACGGGUUCUUCGGUGACGUGCUACAGGACAGUGAGAAGCUGCGCUGGCUGGGACCGAUGCGCUACAACGUGGCAGGAGCGGGCCGGUUCUGGCGAAGCCGCGCCUACCGCGGCUCCGUGGCGUUCCGUACGGCUCCGGGCGCCAUGGAACCGCACAAACCGUGCUUCGCCGACUGUGACGUCUGUCUGCGGGAGCCGGUGGAAGCCGAGGGAGAAACGCAGGGCCAGAACGACGGCGAGUGGCACCGCGUCAGCGGGCCGUUCCUGGUUGUCAGCAGUGCCAACGUGUCGUGCCGCUGUAAGAUCACGCCCGAGGGGAUGUGUCCGCGGGCACACCUGUCUGACGGCUGGGCGCACCUGAUCCUGGUGCGACAGACUUCCCGCGCCAACUUCCUGCGCUACAUGUACCGGUCGGCGGCCGGAAAGGCGCCGUUUGACCUGCCGUUCGUCGAGUACUACCGUGUGAAGGAGUUUGAGCUGCUACCGGAGUCUACUGGCGACGACCAGCGACUGCUCGGCGAGGCACACAUCAACUUGGCCAUGUCGGUGGACUCGACAGCCGCGGGCGGCGAGUGGCGCGCACCAGAGCGCACCACCGCCACUGGCGCCGCGCCGGCCGGCCGACGGCCCCUGGACAGCGUGUGGAACUGUGACGGCGAGGUGGUGGCCGACCCGGCCGUUAACCUCAGGGUGCACCCUCGCGCAAUACGUCUGUUCGGUCGCGGCGUUGAGCGGCUGGAGGAAGGUAGCGGCUGCUGCGGCUGCGGGCGGCGCACCAAGAAACAAAUCUGACUGCCGACCACUGCACAACCUAGGCAGCUCAAUGGAGGGAACUCGCUGUGACCGACGCACACUGCACGGGCGCGGCCGGUAUAGCGGGGAAAUGCUGCUGCGUGGGACGUGAACGAGGCAAGUCCCAGGCAUUCACAUGUGUCUGGGCUAUGACAUGGCUGAGGCAGCUGCAAGGCAUCUAUGUAUGUGAUGCACGAGUGAUAGACUGACGUGUGAAACUGGGACGGCAGUUGUUAUUGGUCCGCUGCAGUUGACACACUUAUGUCCCUGAGUCGGGGAGGGGCGGCACAACUCUGCCGAGACAUAGCUCAUUGGAUUGCCAACGUUCACUAGCCAAGUGUUAGUUGGGCGGUAGCAGCACCCUUUCCGUGGAGCUAACCGGUGUACCCAUGACCCUUUCCCACCUCCGGUUAGCCUUUGAAUAGCGUAGGGGAUAUACCGGCUUUUGAAAUAUCUCCCUACCGGUCAUUGGACCAAGCUGCUGCUGACCGUCGGGCUCAGGUCCCUAUCGGACGGUGGAGCCAGCCCUCUACCGCUGCUGUACUCGGCCCGGCGCUGGCCGUCGCCCUCAGCCCCAGUCUUAGGUAAAGGGAGCGUUCGAGUCUGGCUGCUGCCGUGCAUUGUGAUGGCAGCUUUUCAUGGCUCCGUUCGUCGUUUGAUAGAGAACGGACAGUGAUAGCUACACUGUGGCUGCUCUAGUUAGAUAGAAUUUCAGGCUCGGGUAACUGCGCUACUUAGGUCUCAUUUUUGCUUUACGUUCUCACUUUUUGGCGCUGCUUUGCAGUGGAAGCAAGUUUUGCGGUUUCAUAAUGACUCACCAGCUCUUUUGCUUCACAUUUUUACUCCUUUCUAUGGUGGUUGGUCGGGUACGCUGCUCUGUUGCAUGCUCACUUCUAAUUUUGGCAAUAUUUUCUACACGGUCAAGGUCAUAGGGCAUCCUUGGGAUGCGUUGGCAUUCACUAUGAUUUCCUGAUUUACGGAGAUGCUUUUAAAAGAGCUUAAUGGACCUGGGAGUAUUUUUCCAGGCUCCGGUACCCGACCUUUUAAUGGGGCCAACGCUUACAGCUCAUGAAUACACGAGUGACGCGUUUUCAUAAAAGGCAGAUCGCCUCUCAAUAAUUUUGUUUCACGUCGCUCCACCGUUGUGUUCUUCUUGUGUUCAAUUGUUUUCUUUUUGUUUUGUUUUCAUCGGUGGUUUGGAUGACUUUUGUCCGGGGAAAGCGGCGGCAUGUCGCCGUUGUCAGCAUAUCAAUGCCGCGUGUUGUCGACUCUGACCGAAACGAUUGAGCAGGUCGAAUGUAGUUACUCAUUCCAACUCAUCUGAAAUUUUGCUCAUACGUGUGAGACCUUCAAAAUCAUGUGAUUUUUCUGCGAUUUUCUGAUUAUUCUGAGAUUUUAUUUUGCAUGCUGUAGGCUGAUACUGUUUAGUUCCUAUGAAUAUUUGUGAUCGGUUUGGUUGGGCUAUGUAACCAGUUGCUUCUUGUAGUGUUCCUAUGAUUAUAUCGUGAUCGGUUUGGUUGGUGAUAGUAGACGGGGGAGGGACUUUGCAGCCCCCUCGACUCGGGUACGGGUGCUCCCGUAUGCGGCUCCCUCACUGAAGGAAGACAGGCCCCGGUGGCCACGCUCAGGCGAAGACACUCGCGCCAACCAAAGGACCAGACGAAACCGAGCACGCGCAGCACUGAGACCGACCGGGGACCAGCGGACCGUCGGCGGUCCGCCGGAGACCGCGGCCGGUCCCGGGCUCAGCCGCCGGGCCACGCGGCCGGCGGCCGCUCGGUAUGUGGGCCGGCGGAGCCCCCUGUGAUCACUGCACCCAAAGGCGGCGGGACGGGUCGCUCGCACUGCUAGGAAAUUGAGUGAGCUGCUUAGCCAAAUUCACUGUUAGGCCAAUUGAUGUGUGUUCUGCUAGUCGUUUGCGACUGUGGAGGUCGCUGCGGUGCGCGGUGGACCGGGACCGGCGCUGCGUGGCUGGGCCGCGACCUGUGUGAACAGAAUCACGGCGCCUGCCGGACGUACCCGGCACGAUAGGCUUUCACUGUCAGUGGUUGUCUGAUGAGCUAGAUGUCUAUUUACUCGAUUGAUGGAAUUACUCUCAUAUGAAAAUCACCUAUGAAUAAUGAAUAUAUAUCAGCUAUAUUCA